CCACGCACUAUCGGCAAUAGUCACCUGCCAUUAGUAAUGGAGGCAUAGAUAAUUAGAAGGUUCCAACCGCGACCUCUUUGUCCAGUCCAGUUCUUCGUUGAUACCUGCCCCUGCAUCCGUCCCUCAACUUACUUGCAGCUAGAGCCCCUCUCCUUCUGAUCAUCAAGAUGGCACCCUCAGCUGUUGCCAUUCAGCCCGCCUCGACCCUCAAGACCAAGCAGCUCGUACCUCGAAACGAAGACGCAUCCAAGGAAAAGACUCCCCUGCAGGCUAUCUCUCAAGGAGUGUGCUUGCCAGGCAUACCCCUCUUCUCCUCGCACGACAAGGAGCGCGCAUGGAUCCUGAAUCAUAUGGCAGGAGCAUUCCGCGUGUUCGCGCGCAAAGGCUUCACCGAAGGGAUGAGUGGUCACAUAUCUGUCCGCGACCCCGAAAAUCCUCAUGCCUUCUGGACAAACCCACUAGGCAGGCACUUUGCCCUGCUUGAACCGUCCGACAUGAUACUGGUCGACUACGAUGGCAAGCCGAUAGGAGGAAACACAAGCCGACCGGCGAACGCAGCAGGCUUCUUGAUACACUCGGCGGUGCACAAAGCAAGACCUGAUGUAAACGCGGCGUGCCAUACCCACGGCAAAGCAGGCAAGGCGUGGAGCACCUUUGCCAGGCCGCUCGAGAUGAUCAACCAGGACGUGACUUACUUCUAUGGUGAUGCUCAAGCUGUGUAUACCGAGUUCGGCGGCGUUGUGUUUAGCGAAGAAGAGGGUCAUCGUCUAGCGGCUGCUCUAGGACCCAAGGGUAAGGGUAUGAUUCUGCGAAACCAUGGACUCCUGACUGUAGGAGAUACAGUUGACGAAGCUGCAUACCUGUACACCCUCAUGGAACGCUCCUGCGAGAUACAGCUUAUGGUCGAGGCUGCAGCGGCGAACGGCGUGCCAAAAGUAUAUGUCGACGAUGAAGCGGCCGCAUACACGUUCAAGAUGGCCAGCGACCCGGAGAGUUUAUACUGGGAGUUCCAGCCAGAUCUAGAGUAUGAGCAAGUACACAGCAAUGGCGCUUUCGAGAUCUGAGAUACACCUUUUGCUCCAAGAGGUAUACGAACCAAUUUGUGUAUUCUCCAAUCCAGUCUUCUCAAUAUCAUGCUGUUCUUUGCGCAAA